CCGGCUUAUCCUGAGUUUGGAGACUAUGACGCUCACUUCACCAGCUUCGCACCAACUCCAGCUCGCGCUGAGCAGCCGACCACGAGCGUCAGUCACGACGGCACCGUCUGGCUGACCACACACGCCGGUCCUGCCUGCCCUGUCCUGCCCAUCACCAGCUAUCCUACAUCAUCAAAAGCGAAGUCCCGUCACGAUGAGAGGCUUCCCAGACGGACGUCUGCGGUCCGGCCUGAGCUCCGCUCUAUCUGGCUUGGCAGCCGUCUGCCCACCACUCAACUUCAUCACGAUCCAUUAUGCCUAUUUUAUUGUCGUCCCGCUCGUGACGUCGCUCAUUUUCUGGGGCUCGUCGAAACCCUCCUAUACCAUCUCUUAUGUCGACAGUCUGUUCCUCGUGACCUCGGCCAUGACCGAGGCUGGGCUCAAUACGAUCAAUCUCAGCCAGAUGACCACAUUCCAGCAAAUGCUGCUGGCCUUCCUCAUUGUGAUUGGCGGCCAGAUCUGGGUGUCUAUCUGGACAGUGCAAGUGCGCAAGCACGCCUUUGAACAACGCUUCAAGGAGGUUGUCCGCAGAGAGCGGCAGAGGCAGCUCGAUCGCCGCGGUACGGGACAGUCCUUCAUGUCCCGGUUAAGCACACUGCGAACAUCUCGGUCGCAUACCCAGAUACCUAUUCAUGACCCCGGAUCAGAGCCGGCUGCCACGCAACAGGCACACACGCCAGGGACAUCCGACCAGCCCGCAACCCUUGCUAUGCGAGAGACACUGCCUGAGCCAUCCAGUCCCCGCUCUCCUGGUGACCACAUCACCUUUGCGGACCGUUCAUCUCAUAGCCACGAUGUGGGUGUGACUCGACGCCACGGUCAACACCGCGCCGGCACAGACACGGUUGCUAGCGAGAAGGACGCUCGAGACAUCGGCAAGCUGUCAAAGGAGCGCCGAGACGAGUUGGGCGGCACCGAGUAUCGCGCGUUGAAGCUCCUCUCCUUCAUCGUGCCCGCGUACUUCUUCUGCUGGCAGAUCCUCGGCUGUAUUGCGCUCGGCGCCUGGAUCGCCGUGAACCUGCCGCAGCCUGCUCUGGACAAUGCCAUUAACCCGUGGUGGAACGGAGUCUUCAAUGGCUUGUCGGCUUUCAACAACAGCGGCAUGAGUGUUCUGGAUCUCAACAUGAUUCCAUACCAGGACGCCUACUUUGUGCAGAUCGUCAUGGGCUGCAUGAUUCUCGCCGGUAACACGGCAUACCCAAUCUUGCUGCGCCUCGGCAUCUGGGCAGGGCUCAAGGUGCUAAACUGGGCGACCCCAGGUGGCUCCUUCACGGAGUGGAAGGACACAUUGGCGUACAUCCUCAAGUACCCACGUCGCGUGUAUACCAACAUGUUUGGAUCGCGGCAGACGUGGUGGCUGCUCUUCAUGCUCAUCCUGCUCAACGGGACAGACUGGGUGGCUUAUGAGAUCCUCAACUUGGGAAACACGGAGUUGGAGAAGAUUCCCGUGGGAUCACGAAUCAUGAACGGCCUUUUCCAAGCACUUGCUGUCCGAGCUGGUGGCUUCUACAUUGUGCCCAUUCCGAUCCUCUACAUUGGCUUGCAGGUCCUCUAUGUUGUGAUGAUGUACAUCUCUGCUUAUCCCGUGGUUAUCACCAUGCGACACUCAAACAUCUACGAAGAGCGGUCUCUAGGCAUCUACCCAGACUCGGAUGCGAUCUCGCACCCUCUCCAACGCAGCCCCUCGGUUGGAAGCCGCCAGAGCCGCGUAGAGCGGCGACGCAACUCGGUCAGCCGCGCCAUCCGCGGGACACUAUUCGACUGGAGCGGCGUCGGCGCGGUGGUGCCUCCCACCAGCCACGGCCAGGUCCAAUCUUCCGACCGGCGCAGCGCGCCCUUCCGCGAUGCCGGGCCGUCCAGUGCCAACAACGACACGAGCGGGAGCUUCGUGCGGCACCAGAUCCGCAGCCAGCUCUCGCACGACCUCUGGCUCAUCGUGCUGGCCGUGCUGCUCAUCGCAAUCAUCGAGACGAAGCACUUCCUCGAGGACCCCGUGACGUACUCGGUCUUCAACAUCCUCUUCGAGGUCGUGUCCGCGUACGGCUGCGUCGGCAUCAGUCUGGGCGUGCCGUGGAACAACUUCAGCUUCGCGGGCGGGUGGUACUCUGGGUCAAAGCUCGUGCUCGUGCUCGUCAUGCUGCGCGGCAGGCAUCGGGGCUUGCCGGUCGCGCUGGACCGCGCGGUGCAGCUCCCCAGCGACGACAUGGAUGACGUCGAGGACCAGGAGGAUCUUCGUGCAAGGAGGAGCAUGUCUGCUCGGGGCCAGAGGCAGGAGGUUGCUAUUUAGAGGAGCAGACUUUCACAAGUAUCAGCCAAUCAUGCUCCUAUAAGUCUUUGCCUUCCUUGUCAAGCGAUUAGGCAUUGGUGAUACUAAAGUUCCUCACAGUCGAGCUACGUCUGACUGUGGUGUGGUUUCGUGACCUGGUGCU